GGAACAAUUCUUUAUUCCCCGUCAAAAGUCCAAUUGAAAUUGAAUACUACCGGAACAGACUCGUCAUUUACUAAAUAGCUCCCUCCUCCUCCCAACGCCCACGACUUCGUGUCAGCUCGAUUUCACCGACCAAAAUCAAAUCCGCCCCGCAGAAUUAGGUACAGCUCCGAAUCCCAAAAUAACAAUCCCCCCCACAAAAACCCAAUAACAUUCUCUCUCCUCGCCCCUUCCCUUUGUAGAGAGAGAGAGAGAGGUAGAGGGGGAGGGAGGGCGAAGAUUUCGACGAUGGCUGUGGCGCCGUUGAAGGCCAAUGGUAGCGCAGCAGGGGGGUCGCCGCCGCAGGAGGGCGUGUCGGAGACGGGGGCUUUUGGUGGCUGGGUGUAUCAUCUGGGGGUGAAUUCCAUUGGGCGUGAGUACUGUCACCUCCGCUAUUUGCUUAUUCGUGGCAAGUACGUCGAGAUGUACAAGCGCGAUCCUCGUGAGAAUCCCGGCAUUAAACCCAUCAGGAGGGGGGUCGUUGGGCACACACUUGUGGUGGAAGAGUUAGGACGUCGAAAAGUCAAUGACGGCGAUCUUUAUGUUCUGCGGUUUCGCAAUCGGCUGGAUGAAAGCAAGAAGGGAGAAAUUGCUUGUGCUAAAGUUGGAGACGCUCGUAAAUGGAUUGAGGCAUUUGAUCAUGCCAAGCAACAAGCUGAAUAUGAGCUUUCAAGAGGUGCUAGCGCAAGAAACAAAUUGAACAUGGAGACUGAGAUCAAUCUUGAACAUCAACCAAGAGUAAGGCGUGUAGCACAUGGGUUGAGAAAUCUAAUAAAUAUUGGACAAGGACCGGAGAGUCUUUUACGCAAAUCCUCAAAUUUGGGCAGAACUGUUGGAUUGGAUGGAUACUUGCAUGGAGAUGGUGGUGAUGUGAUAGAAGCACAUGAGUGGAAAUGUGUCCGGACUGUGAAUGGUAUUAGAAUCUUUGAGGAUGUUGCUAAAUCUAAGAAUGGUAAAGCUGUUCUUGUGAAGGCUGUUGGUGUUGUCGAUGCCAGUGCAGAUGUUGUUUUUGAGGUGUUUAUGAAUGUUGACCGACAUCAAAGAUAUGAGUGGGAUAUGUUGACAGGUGAUUUAGAGUUGGUUGAGUCAUUGGAUGGUCAUUUUGAUGUUCUCUAUGGUACAUAUGAACCCAGACAUUUAACUAGGUGGCAUUCUAGAAGAGAUUUUGUCUUCUCGAGACAAUGGUUUCGUGCACAAGAUGGAACAUAUACAAUAUUGCACUUUCCUACUGGACACAAGAAAUGCCCUUCAAAACCAGGAUAUCGACGCACAGAAAUUAACCCUUCAACAUGGGAGAUCAGAAGUUUGAACAUAACCCACUCGCCACAUGGUGCAAGAUGUCUUGUAAUGCAAAUGGUAGAGAUACAACCUGUUGGCGGUUGUUGGGGGAAGAAUAAUGAAUGGUCCAAGUUCGAAAAGACUGUUUCAUACGCAUUUUUGAGCCAAGUGGCAGGUUUAAAAGAAUAUAUUGGAGCAAAUCCAUCACUCGCAUCUGAAUUUUUAACCACCUCUCUCCGUUCGAAGUUUUUUGAUGUUUCUUCAUCGAAUAGCGACCAUGAAGAUGCAAAUGGUGCUGAUGAGUUCUAUGAUGCAAUAUCUGCUGAUUCAUCGUCUGAUGAUGACGAUAGUGACAACGGAGAACAAUUUAAUGGCAAGGACAAAAAGGUGAAGCUGAAGAACAUCUCAUGGGCUAUCGCAAGCUUGGCUUUGAAGCACACUCCAGGUCCAGAUUUGAAUCAGGAAUUAGAUUCAAGAGUACCUCCUAUCGUUCUUGAUCCAAGACAUUAUCAUGGUUCUUUUCGCCAAGGGAAGGAUGAGACAGAUAGUAAUUGUUGGACAUCUCCAAGCGGUGCAGCAUUUAUGAUCAGAGGGAAGACGUAUUUGAAAGAUAACACUAAGGUAAAGGGAGGAGAUCCACUUUUACAGCUUAUUGCAGUUGACUGGUUUAAAGUUGAAAAUUGCAUCAGUAAGGUUGCAUUGCAUCCCAGUUCCCUUGUUCAGUCAGAAGCUGGUAAAAAACUCCCGUUCGUCCUCAUUGUUAAUCUUGAGGUUCCAGCAAGACCUAACUACAGCCUGGUUCUUUACUAUGCUGCUGACAGGCCUGUAAAUAAAAACUCUUUGCUGGGUAAAUUUAUUGAUGGGUCUGACAUGUUUCGGGAUUCCAGACUUAAACUAAUUCCAAGUAUUGUUGAGGGAUAUUGGAUGGUAAAGCGUGCAGUUGGAACAAAAGCUUGCUUACUAGGGAAAGCAGUUACUUGCAAGUACCUUCGACAAGACAAUUUUCUCGAGAUUGAUGUGGACAUUGGCUCAUCAUCUGUCGCUAGGGGUGUCAUUAGUCUUGUCCUUGGAUAUGUGACGAGCCUCGUUGUUGAUCUUGCAAUUCUAAUUGAGGCUAAAGAAGAGGCGGAACUGCCAGAGUACAUUCUUGGAACUGUUCGGCUAAAUCGUGUGAAGCUAGACUCUGCUGUACCCCUUGAAGUCUGAGAUACUUUUACACGUCGACAGGCUUGGAUUAUUGUUUUUGCUGAGGCAAUGGCAUCAUAGCUACUGGGAACAGUCAAAGGAUUUCCCGAUUCUGCUGUAAAAUAUUUUGCACAUUAUGUGGAUCUUCCGUCGAAAUUUCAAUCAAAGGUCACCUUAUUUGGGUUCAAACUCGGCAAGUGUUUGGUCUCUGUAAUCAACGUAUAUUGGGUUUGUUGACAGGUUACAGAACUUGCUUUCAUAUCAAUUGGUUUUAGUUGAGUAUACGUACAAAUAUUAAGCAAGUCAACUGGGUUUAUCUCCUGGUUUACAUGAAUGACUGACUGGAUUACAAUCAAUGAUAUGACUCUUCAAAUUCUG